GCAAAUAAACUAAUGAAGUCCCAAUAGUACUAAUAGACACACACUUGUGAAUUUCUUCAUCAUAUAUAUUUGAAGUUAUCAAGUAAUCUGAGACACAGCUAAAGAAUAAAGAUGCAGAUGCUGCAACUCAAGUUCUUACUGGCCAUAACCUUGACAUUGUGGUGGUGGAGCGACAUCAAUCAUCACGGUGCAGUCGCGGCGCCGCAGACAAAGUUGCUGAACGCAGGGUGCAGCACGUACAACGCUUCUAACCUGCGCAGUUUCCAUGCCAACAUCAACGACACGUUUUCGGACCUGCGAGCGGAGAUUAGGAACCAGAGCAACAACCACUUCGCGACGUCGCAGAAAGCAAGGGGGGAGGUGAUUACCUUUACCAUGCUUCAGUGCAGAAACUACCUCUCCAGAAAGGAUUGCCUCGCUUGCUUCGACGCUGCUGAUAAGAAAAUCCGCAACUGCUCCGCCGCCAACGGUGCCAGAGUCAUCUACGAUGGCUGCUUCCUCAGGUACGAGAGCGAGAGGUUCUACGAUCAAACCAAUGAACAAGGUGGCGGUGUGUCAUGUGGGAACAGGACUGCUGCAAAGGAUGUUAGUGCUUUUGGAGCAGCUGGAAUACAAGCGCUUAUGGACCUCCAAAUAGCAACACCAAAAAUUAAAGGCUUUUAUGCAGCUACUAAGACAAUGUUAGCUCCUGGUGGUGGCGGCGGUGCAAUCUAUGCCGUUGCACAGUGCGUUGAGACAGCCACAGAGACCAACUGUCUCAGUUGCUUGACAGUUGGAUUCAACAACUUGCAGACUUGUCUUCCCAAAUCAGAUGGCAGAGCAUUUGAUGCAGGGUGUUUUAUGAGAUACUCUGAGACACCCUUCUUUGCUGAUAACCAGAGCAUUGACAUCAAACCCUAUUUGAAAGAAGGAGGUUCAAGCAAGAAGUGGGUCAUUAUAGGUGGUGUUGUUGGAGGUGUAGCUCUUCUUCUGAUCCUCCUUGCAUUUUUCGCCUGGCGACGAUUCAGAAAACCCAAGAGGGUUCCUAGGGGGAAUAUACUGGGAGCAACUGAGUUGAGAGGUCCAAGCAACUACAAGUAUAGUGAUUUGAAAUCUGCAACAAAAAAUUUCAGUGAUGAAAAUAAACUAGGAGAAGGAGGCUUUGGCGAUGUCUACAAGGGUACUCUGAAAAAUGGAAAAAUAGUUGCAGUCAAGAAAUUAGUUCUGGGCAAAUCCAGCAAGAUGGAGGAUGACUUUGAAAGCGAAGUCAAGCUUAUAAGCAAUGUUCAUCACAGGAAUCUUGUUAGACUUCUUGGUUGUUGCAGUAAAGGGGAAGAGAGAAUCCUGGUUUAUGAAUACAUGGAAAACAGCAGCCUUGACAAAUUCUUAUUUGGUGACAAAAAAGGCUCCCUCAACUGGAAACAAAGGUAUGACAUAAUUUUAGGCACUGCAAGGGGACUGGCAUAUCUACAUGAGGAGUUCCACAUUUCCAUCAUACAUAGAGAUAUAAAGACUAGCAAUAUUCUCCUGAGUGAUGAGCUUCAGGCCAAAAUUGCUGAUUUUGGAUUGGCACGCCUUCUGCCAGGGGAUCAAUCUCAUCUCAGCACAAGAUUUGCAGGAACAUUGGGAUACACAGCACCAGAGUAUGCAAUUCAUGGUCAAUUAUCAGAGAAAGCUGAUACCUACAGCUUUGGUAUCGUAGUCCUAGAAAUCAUAAGUGGUCGAAAGAGUACAGAAGUGAAGGUUGAUGAUGAUGGUCAUGAAUACCUUCUUCAACGAACAUGGAAACUGCAUGAGAGAGGCAUGCACUUGGAGCUGGUGGACAAGGCUUUAGACCCUGAUGAGUAUGAUGGAGAAGAAGUGAAGAAAACCAUAGAGAUUGCUUUGAUGUGCACUCAAGCUUCAGCUGCAAUGAGGCCAACCAUGUCUGAAGUAGUAGUCCUGCUCCAAAGCAAGAGCUUAAUGGAUCACCUGCAACCAACUAUGCCUGUGUUUGUUGAUACGAAUCUCAGGUCCCGUGACGGCCACUCUACCUCAACUGGUUCUUCUAUGUCAAAUGCCACUGCCUCAUUUACUAUUCCCUCAGCCAGAUGAUUAUCGGACGUAGUAAAGGGACUUGAAUAAGAAAAGUAAUUGAGGAUUGCUCUUCAUUUCAGAUACAUAUCAAUCAUACAAGUCAAUAAUGUUUGGAUUUGCCAUAAGCACGAACUCGAAGUAUGUUUUUUCCAUAGCUACAAACAGCUAAGUUGAUCGAUGACAUAAAGAUCUAAGUCUCCUUCAAACAGCUUAGUUGACACAUUAUUGGAAAACUGGACAUAAUGAAAAAAAAAUCUAAUAUAAGUUUCUCCUUUUAA